UUUAUCAGAUAUUUUGAAGAUAUUUAGAUAACCAGAAAAAAACAGAGUGACGCAUCAGUGUUCAGUGUUCACCCAUGACAUUGGCUACAUUAUCUCAAUACCCUUUUCAUUCUUCUUGUCUCUGCAAAUUCAACACAUACCCAUACUACACUCUCUCAAUUGUUAUCCAUUCAUGUUGAUUGUUGCAUGCAAACUGAAUUAUUUAUUUAUAGAACCAAGAAGCUGUAAAUAUGAUUUCAGAUACCAAGCAAAGAGCUCCACUGGUGGCACUGUUGAGAAGCACGAACAUGACGCUCUUUUUAUUGAUAAACAUGGCAGAUGGCGAAGCUUUAAUCGCAAAAAAUUGUCAAGGAAACGAUGUGGUUCUUUGAGGGGACAAGGAUGGAAAUAUGGAUCUGGAUUUGUUGAUGGAAUCUUCCCAGUGCUGAGUCCCACUGCGCAGCAAAUUCUCAAUUUCAUGCAGAAGGAAGUGGAUCCCAAUAUUGUUAGUGCUGCUCUUGAUACUCUUCCUUCUAGUCAUGCCAUAUGGGAUGAUCUUAUUAAUGUAGCUGUUCAACUUCGAUUGAAUAAGAAGUGGGAUCUAAUUAUGAUGUUAUGUCAAUGGAUAUUGUAUAGGAGCUCCUUCCAGUCAGAUGUUAUGAUCUACAAUCUACUCAUUGAUGCUUAUGGGCGAAAAUCACUGUACAAGAAUGCAGAAUCCACAUAUUUUGAACUUCUUGAAGCUAGAUGUGUUCCUACUGAAGAUACUUACGCUCUUCUUCUAAAAGCAUAUUGCAUGUCUGGACUACAAGAUAAAGCUGAAGCUGUCUUUGCUGAGAUGCGAAAGUAUAGCCUGCCUCCAAGUGCGAUUGUAUACAAUGCUUAUAUUGAUGGCCUAAUGAAGUGCGGAAAUCCUCAAAGAGCAAUAGAGAUCUUUCAGCGAAUGAAAAGAGAUUGCUGCCAACCAUCUACUGAAACUUAUACAUUAUUGAUCAAUUUGCAUGGAAAGGCAAGUCAAUCUUACAUGGCCUUAAGUUUGUUUAAUGAAAUGAGAAGUCAAAAGUGUAAGCCGAAUAUCUGCACGUACACUGCUCUAAUGAAUGCUUUUGCAAGGGAGGGACUUUGUGAGAAGGCUGAGGAAAUUUUUGAGCAGCUACAAGAAGAUGGCCUUGAGCCUGAUGUGUAUGCUUAUAAUGCACUUAUGGAGGCAUACAGUCGUGCAGGUUUUCCUUAUGGAGCUGCUGAAAUAUUUUCACUCAUGCAACACAUGGGAUGUGAACCAGAUAGAGCUUCAUACAACAUCAUGGUAGAUGCAUAUGGAAGAGCUGGCCUUUAUGAGGAUGCACAAGCUGUAUUCGAAGAGAUGAAACGACUAGGAAUUACCCCAACAAUGAAAUCACAUAUGCUACUUUUGUCUGCCUACUCAAAAGCUAGAAAUGUGGCUAAAUGUGAAAACAUUGUGAACGAGUUGCAUGAAUCUGGGCUUGAACCAGACACUUUUGUCCUGAACAGUAUGCUGAACUUGUAUGGCCGAUUAGGUCAAUUUGAAAAGAUGGAGGAAGUUUUAACUGGAAUGGAAAAGGGACCUUAUGUGACUGAUAUUAGCACAUACAACAUCUUGAUCAAUAUUUAUGGGCGGGCAGGAUUUUUUGAGAAAAUGGAAGGCCUUUUUCAAUCUCUUUCCACCAAAAAUUUGAAACCAGAUGUGGUGACUUGGACUUCAAGGUUAGGAGCAUACUCCAAAAAGAAACUAUAUACAAAAUGCUUGGAAAUUUUUGAAGAGAUGAUUGAUGCUGGAUGUUAUCCAGAUGGAAGAACUGCAAAAGUACUUCUCUCAGCAUGUUCAAGUGAAGACCAAAUUGAGCAAGUUACCAAUGUAAUUAGAACAAUGCAUAAGAAUAUGGAUCCUGUUCUGCCUAUAUGAUUCUUGCUUAUCUUAGGAACUCAUAAAGAUAGAAAAAUAAUAACAGUUUGGUUAAUAUGUGAAUACACAUUUUGUUCUUGUUA